AUGAAGAGGGAAGUGCUGAAAAUUCAGGGACUACUCGUGCCCCACCAUGUGGUGCCCAUUAAGGGCGAUGGCUCCUGCCUGUUUCGUGCGCUCUCCUUUCUGAUCUUCAACUCGCAGAAGCAAGCACCGCUGGUGCGUCGGCAGAUUGUUCAGCUGGUGGCCAGCGAUUGGCACUCAUUUGGCAUACUAUCGCACGAUGCAAACGGCGAUAACUAUCGCAGCUCAGCUGACUAUCUGGAGGAGAUGUCGCAGCCAUACUGCUAUGGCGGCUACUGUGAACUGAAGGCCGCCGCGCGCAUUUAUAACUACCGCUUUGAGGUCUUUCGCUCCGGCGAGCUGUACGCGGAUGCCGGCAACCAUGGUCGAGCCGUGCGACGUUUGAGAUUCACUCGAGAUUUAUCCUGCGGCCACUUCGAUGCCUACGUGCCAGCGUAG